CGGCGGGGGCGCGCGCCAGGCUGGGCGGGGCCGGCGGGGGCGCGCAGCCUCCGGAAGCGCUUUCCCGGAAGGCUGCGAGACGGCGCCGGCCUCUGGGGGCGGCUUCGGCUAUGGCGGCGGGGCGCCGGGAGGUCUCUCCCUAGCCUGGGGAGCCGCGCAGCUGGAGUAUGGCCUCGCUUGGGCCGGCCGCGGCAGAAGAGCAGGCGGCGGGGACGGAGGCGGAGCCGGGCGCCGCGGGGCCGCCGUCGCCGUCUUCUCUGGGGCCCCUGCUGCCCCUGCAGCGGGAGCCGCUGUACAACUGGCAGGCGACCAAGGCGUCGCUGAAGGAGCGUUUCGCUUUCCUCUUCAACUCCGAGUUGCUGAGUGAUGUGCGCUUCGUGCUGGGCAAGGGCCGCGGCGCCGCGGCGGCCGGGGGCCCGCAGCGCAUCCCCGCCCACCGCUUCGUGCUGGCGGCCGGCAGCGCAGUCUUCGACGCCAUGUUCAACGGCGGCAUGGCCACCACGUCGGCCGAGAUCGAGCUGCCGGACGUGGAGCCCGCCGCCUUCCUGGCGCUGCUGAGAUUUCUGUAUUCAGAUGAAGUUCAGAUUGGCCCAGAAACAGUUAUGACAACUCUUUAUACUGCCAAGAAAUAUGCAGUCCCAGCCUUGGAAGCACAUUGUGUGGAGUUUCUCACCAAACAUCUUAGGGCAGAUAAUGCCUUUAUGUUACUUACUCAGGCUCGAUUAUUUGAUGAACCUCAGCUUGCUAGUCUUUGUCUAGACACAAUAGACAAGAACACAAUGGAUGCAAUAAGUGCAGAAGGGUUUACUGAUAUUGAUAUAGACACACUCUGUGCAGUCUUAGAAAGAGACACACUUAGUAUUCGAGAAAGUAGACUUUUUGGAGCUGUUGUUCGCUGGGCAGAAGCAGAAUGCCAGAGACAACAAUUGCCUGUGACUUUUGGAAACAAACAGAAAGUUCUAGGAAAAGCACUUUCCUUAAUCCGGUUCCCACUGAUGACAAUUGAGGAGUUUGCAGCAGGUCCUGCUCAGUCUGGAAUUUUGUCAGAUCGUGAAGUUGUGAAUCUCUUUCUUCAUUUUACUGUAAAUCCUAAACCCCGAGUUGAAUACAUUGACCGACCGAGGUGCUGCCUAAGAGGAAAGGAAUGUUGUAUUAACAGGUUCCAGCAAGUAGAGAGCCGCUGGGGGUACAGUGGGACAAGUGACCGAAUCAGGUUCACAGUUAAUAGAAGAAUCUCCAUAGUCGGAUUUGGCUUAUAUGGAUCUAUUCAUGGUCCCACAGAUUACCAAGUGAAUAUACAGAUCAUUGAAUAUGAAAAAAAACAAACCCUGGGACAAAACGAUACUGGAUUUAGUUGUGAUGGGACAGCUAAUACUUUCAGGGUCAUGUUCAAAGAACCGAUAGAGAUCCUGCCCAACGUGUGCUACACGGCGUGCGCUACACUCAAGGGCCCAGAUUCUCACUAUGGCACAAAAGGAUUGAAGAAAGUAGUGCAUGAGACCCCUGCUGCAAGCAAGACUGUUUUUUUCUUUUUUAGUUCCCCUGGCAAUAAUAAUGGCACUUCAAUAGAAGAUGGACAAAUACCGGAAAUAAUAUUUUACACGUAAUUGAGCAUUAUAAUACAUCUUGACGAGAUAGUACCAUGCAGUCUAGUGUCAAAAGCAGAAAAGUAGUUUGAGUGUUAUGAAUAUUUAUAAGAUAAGAAACAUUUGAGUUUCUUAGAGGAGAUAGAAAAAUAUUGAUUUAAAUCUCUACAUGAUUCAAAGGCAGAUUUUCCAUUUUCUUAUAACCUUUGGGGAAAAGAAAACUGGGUUUAAUUGUUUUUAAAAAGUGCAGCUGGUUCAGCUUCAUCUUGUAUAAUUUCAUAGAUCACCUGAUUCCUGGACUUUUAAUAGUUUUGGAAUUAAAAGAUUCUUGUUACACAUAUAGCUGGUUUCAGAUUGUUUUUGUUUUAAUUAUUUUGAAGGUUAGAUGAGAUGGGUAAAUAGGCUUUGAGAUGAGAUGGGUCAGCAUUCUUGUAGAAUUCCUAUUAACUUAAAUAAUUAAUUUCAGAAAAUUAAGAAAAUUGACUUUAUAUUUGGGAGGUUUGAAAUAUUGGAUGGUCAGCAUUUGGAAUAAUGCAAAAAAUAAGCCUAAUAAAAUGCCUAAGAAAAAUUUCCAUGCAUUUACAGAGAAGGAUAUUUUGUAAUAGUGUAGUAUUGUGUUACAUAGUACCAUUUUAAAAUUAUAAAUGGAGUUUGUACGAAUUCCUAAUAAUGUGACAAACAACGUAGAGGUAUAGUCUAAGUGGAUUCAUUUUCAAUAAACUGCACCACUGUUCCUCUGUCUGUGUGGGGGAUGCUGCCUCUGAGUCUAGAAACUGAGACGGUGAUGGUGGUGAUGGGGACACAGCCCUCUCCUCAGCGUUGUGCUAAUGCUGCACAGCAAGAAACUGAAUAAAAUGCUAAUGUUUCUAACAACUUCUCUGAAGUCAUAUAAUGAUUCCCAACAGGGUCACUCCUGAGAAGAAAGCUUUCUACCAUACACAUUUCUAUCCAAGAAGUAAAGUAUGUGUUUGAUAUUUGUACCUCAUUAAUGUUGCUGUACAGCUGUAUUAGGAGGGGAUGGGAAGUGUAGGACACAUAUCUGGCAGAAGGACAUUUAUAUACUUUCUUACAGAGCAGAGUUUUUGAUGUAAGUGAAAUAACAUUCAUUUUUUUCCCUUGAAAGUGAUUCCGUUAUUAAAAAUUAAGUGUAAUUAAAUUUUAAGGUGUAUCAGAUAGGUGUGGAAGAUGAUUAAAAUUCAUACUUCUUCUAAGUUAUCAGCUUAAGAAUUUUUUCUGAAUAAUAGUAAUUAGAGUAUUAAAAAAUGUUCAUCUAAAGUAAUGCUUCAAUUUACAUUUUCAAGAAGGAAGUGAGGUGUGAUGGUAGUUGAGGUCUCUUGAAAUUGCUGGGGGGAAAAAAGGAAAUUUUCCUAUCUCUGGUAUCAUGUCUUCUGGAUAUAAACCUCAGUUAACUGGAAUACUUUGUGUGUGUGUGUGUGUGGUCCUAUGGUAUACAUGGCCCUGGGUAACUAAAAAUUAACCAGCAAACACUCUGUAGUAACCAUCAUAGAAAAAACUUCAACUUAAAAAGUACGCUAUGUCAGAGAUAAGUUAGUGUUUGUUGGCGUUUGAGGCAUUUCAUAUACCUCAAGUGUGUUGCACUAAACAACGAUUGUAACUGGACAUAGCCAUAGAAGGGACAAGAAACAGAACUGUUUGCUAACAUUGGGCAAUCCCCUGGAAUUUUUAAACAAUAAAUAUAUAUUAUCCUUUUA